GUCAGUUUGUUGUCAUAGUCGUACUGGAUCACAAGUGUUGGGGUAAAAAGAUGAUUAUUUGCCUUAUUUCACGUUGGGGGUAUUAUAAGGUUAUUACACAAGCAACAUGAACUAUGUCUGCCGAGGGAAGUGCCGAGGUGUCCGUGCCUACAGAUUUGACAGUGACAAGUGAUGGUGACAGUGAAGAGGGAUAUGCUGCCAGUAGAAGAUAUGCUCGAGAGCUGCAGAACUUGGCCUCUGAGAAGGCAGAACUUCAGCGGAUUGUACAAAAACAGAAGCUGGAGCUGCAGAGUAAAGAUGCUCAGUUGGCAGCUCUCACCAGAGAGCACGAGGCAGCUGCUGCCAAGGCCGUGUCACAGAAAGAUGAUCAAAUCAGUUCCAAACAGAUUCAGGUUAACAGAUUGGAUGCCGAAUUAUCCCGUGCAAAAGCGGAGUUGAAUAUGUUUCGAGAACGAGCAGCCCGAGAACUAGCUCAGCUGACGCAAAAAUGUGCUCUCUUCCAACAGAAUCAGAAAAGAUUGACAAUUAAGCAAGAUGAACUACGAACGUCUCUCGCAAACUUAACGUUAACUGAGGAAGAAUUUAUUCGACUGCGCCGCACUCCUGCUCAACAGUUAACUCUACAGCAGUACACAGCUUUACGUGUGUAUGAACUAGUAUGGCCUCUACGAGUAAAAUUCAAUGAGGCUGAGGCUGUAAAGUUAUCUCUGGAGAGCGCUCUAUCUGCUAAAGAUUCUGACUUAAAGUCACGUAGUGAGCAAUGUCUCAAGUUGCAGAGAAAUAUAGAAGAGCUUCAUAGGAAAUCUGACCAAUAUGCCAGUCAACUGAUGAACUUAAAAGAUGAACAGAGGUCCGACGAUUAUAAAGUGCGGAAUUAUGCGCGAGUUAAAACUGAGAGAGACCAGUUACAAGAGGAGAAGACUUCACUGACAAAAAGAACAAACGAACUAGAAUUGUUGGUUGCUACUUUAAAAAAAGAGCGUAAUAUUCUAGAAGAAAGAUCAAGUGACCUUAAGGGCAAGACGAGGAAGCAAGAGCAGGAUUUAAAUCAGUAUCAGGAAGAUGUUGUGGACCUGAGAACCAAAUUAGACAGAAUUACAGAAGAGCUGAAAACAUGCAAUAAGAAUUUACACCUUGAGAGAGAAAGAAAUGAGGACUUACAUGGGAAGUAUGUGGCCGCUCGUGGGGACAUUACCUCACUGACAGAAAAUUCCCAGGAUUAUCAACAUGAAAUUAAAAUGCUCCGAGAAAAAUGUCAGUCAUACAAUUUGCAGUGCUCUAACUUACAGGAGAAGGUCAGUCUGCUGUCUGAAAAGAAUGAAAUGCUUUGCAUUGAGCUUGAAAAAUGUAAUCUCAAGUACAUUGCAGAAACACAAGCUCUGGACACAGAAGUUAAAGAGCUCAGAUCAAGUGUCUCAUCAUUGUCAAAAAAUCGAGAUGGUUUGGUUGAUGAAAAUUCUAAACUUUACCAAGAAAUCCAAAAACUUGAAGCUUCUUACCUUGAAGAAAAAUCUAAGAGGUCAAAUGAAAAUAUGGCCCUUAACCAAGAGCUGCAGAGAGUGAAGCAUUUAUUGGCUGGUUAUGAGGGACUGGAAAUUGAAUAUGAAAAGAACAUUAGAACAGCUGCAACGCUGCCUGAAGAUGAGGCAAAUAAAGUGUUAGAUAAGAUUCUUCCUGGUUUAAGGUUAACAGGAAACAAGGGAUUAGAACAUAGUAUAAGCCUCACUAGAAGAGUGUUGCAGCUGGAGAGACAAAAUACUGAAGCCUGCACUACCAUCCAGCAACUGUCAGAUGCUCUAGAGCAUCUUCGGAACACUGUUGCGUCCUACAAGACUGCGUUAACAUUAGCGGGACAACCUUCCUCAAAUCUUCUUGAGCGCAUUGCAUCCCAGGAUGAUCAGAUCACAAUAUUACAAGCUGCACUUCAGCAUAAUUCUUUGUCAAAGACGACUUUAGAAGAAGAAAAUAAAACACUAACCCGAGAAGUGAUUAAACUAAAAAAUGAACUGGAUAGCAUGGUUAACGAGACAAAUGAAUUAAGUGCAAUAAAACAGCAGCUUCAAGUUGUGCUGCAAGCCUUGCCACAAGCAUCAUUCAGCCAGCCUAAUACAGGCUUACAGGAUGAUCAUCACAAGUCAGGAAGUGCUUCAGGAUUACCAGCAGGAAAUCAAACAAGCAGAACUGAUGAGCAAGGUAAACACCAGUCCUCAACAAAAGCCAUAAUUAUUACCAAAGAUAGUAGAAGAGGUAGACACUAGUCCUUCCCUUAGUGAACUUUUACCAUAAUACAUCAAGGUACAGUACUGUACUGUACUACCAGUCUCGGCUUAUGGAAAUUGUGGUAAAGUGGCGCUUAUCUGCUGCUACAGUAUACAACAGACCCUUGCCAUUCACAGGGGAUAGGUUCCAAGAAAGAGCGCAAAUUGUCAAAACUGCAAAUAGCAACUUACCGGUAUACUACCUUAGUACACUACUGUAUACCUAUACUGUACCAAACAACUGACCAGGCAUGGCAGCACUCAUCCCCUCUUUUAGCUUGUCUAAUCAUAAAACUUUUUUGGUCAGGGUCGUCACUGACUUCUGCGUUUUACAAUUCACUCCACUAGCUUACUAUCAUUGACACUUGGCAAUCUUUUAGGGGCCAUUUCACACAGAACACUAAAGUUUUGAGAAUACAACACGAGAUGCUGCGUGGGGUGACUCGUUGUGCUGCGGGAAAAGACUCACAAGCUAGCCACCAUCUGCUUUCAGCAAAUCUUCGAAAUCGCGAAUCGCAAACUCGUGAAUGGUAAGGGUCGACACAUAAUAUACUGUUUAGAGUAACUUAGGAAGUGGAUGUGAGAUUAUGAUGAAAAAAAUUUUGUAUUACUAUUAAUUGUUAUAUAAAGUGAGAGACAUUCUAAAAUAUAGUUUGUAUUUUAACAUGUGAUGGGUGACUAUAAUGUUGAAGUGAAUUUAUAUUUAUACAUGUAGGCUGUACUGUAUCAACUCUAAUGUAAAAUCAAAAGUAAUAUAUUUUGCUAAUUUAUUAUUCUAUCUAAUGACUUGACAAUUUUUAGUGUGAUAUUAUAUAAAUGACAUUUUUAUGUCUUCCAGAAGAAGUAAAAAAUGUAGAUCAA